ACUUUAUGUCCCUUCGGAAAACUCUCUCCCUCAACAUUUACCAAAAUAUUUAUUAGAUCAUUCUCUCCUCUCUAGUUUCUAAGAAUAUCAAACCAUGAAUAUAAGCAGAACAGAAUUCGCAAACUGUAAAACCCUUAUAAAGCAUAAAGAAGAAGUGGAAGAUGUCGAGAAGAAGAUGGAAAUAGAAAUAAGGAGAGGUCCAUGGACUGUGGAAGAAGACAUGAAGCUCAUCAGUUACAUUUCUCUUCACGGUGAAGGAAGAUGGAACUCCCUUUCUCGUUCUGCUGGACUAAAUAGGACGGGGAAAAGUUGCAGAUUGCGGUGGCUGAAUUAUCUCCGGCCUGAUAUCCGCCGUGGAGACAUAUCCCUCCAAGAACAAUUUAUCAUUCUUGAACUUCAUUCUCGUUGGGGAAAUCGGUGGUCAAAGAUUGCUCAACAUUUACCAGGAAGAACAGAUAACGAGAUAAAGAAUUAUUGGAGAACACGUGUUCAAAAGCAUGCAAAACUUCUAAAAUGUGACGUGAAUAGCAAGCAAUUCAAAGACACCAUCAAACAUCUCUGGAUGCCUCGUCUCAUUGAGAGAAUCGCCUCCACUCAAAAUGUCGAAUUUAUUCCUAACCACUAUUCGCCUGAGAACUCGAGCGUUGCCACUGCCACGUCAUCUACGUCGUCGUCUGAGUCGAUGGCAUCGAGUUUCUACGGUGGUGAUCAGGUGGCAUAUGGAACGUCGGAUCCGAAUAGUGGUAAUUGGUUCAACGGCGGAGAUGCGUUUGAAACUUUGUGGAGUUUUGACGAGCUCAACAAGUGGCUCUUACAGUAGCAGCAUUUCAUUUGAUAAUUAAUUAAUGUAAUAAACAUAAACUUAUUAU